CGGGACAGUCCGGCUGCAGGGAUGUCAGAAAGUCAGAGGACAAAUAGUGGAAACCACACCAAGAUUGAUUCCAACAGUAGUAGUUCAUCUCUGUGCUUUGGGCAGUACCAGUACACAGCAGAUGAAUACCAGGCCAUCCAGAAUGCUCUACGUCAGAGGCUGGGGCCGGAAUACAUCAGCAGCCGGCAGGCUGGUGGAGGACAGAAGGUUUGUUAUAUUGAGGGUCACAGGGUCAUCAGUCUGGCCAAUGAGAUGUUUGGCUACAAUGGCUGGGCUCAUUCGGUCACCCAGCAAAAUGUUGAUUUUGUUGAUCUCAACAAUGGCAAAUUCUAUGUAGGAGUUUGUGCAUUUGUAAAAGUCCAACUCAAGGAUGGGUCAUACCAUGAAGACGUGGGUUAUGGAGUGAGUGAGGGCCUGAAGUCCAAGGCAUUGUCCCUAGAAAAGGCAAGGAAAGAAGCAGUGACAGAUGGGCUAAAGAGGGCACUAAAGUGCUUUGGAAAUGCUCUUGGGAACUGCAUCCUGGACAAAGAUUACCUGCGAUCAGUGAAUAAACUUCCUCGUCAGCUGCCUCCUGAGUUGGAUUUCACAAAAGCAAAAAGGCAAGAUUUUGAGCCUGCAAUAGAGAAGGCAAGAUACAGUAGCUGUCUGCAGAAACAUAGUACAGGGCAACCCCAGCACUGUGAGAGCGUGUCCCCACACAAACAGGGCCAGGAGACAGCUUCUUCAAGCACAACGGAACAGGAGCAGCAAAAUAGCUCCAGAAGUAGCAUCUUAGCCUGCGGGAGCGAUGCCACUUACCAGCGCAAGUUACGGCAGAAGCAACUUCAGCAGCAGUUCCGGGAGCAAAUGGAAAAAAAACAUCAGAUGGCAGUAGCCAAUCCCAUCAGCAAACAGGAAGCAUCUCUUCAGUCACUGAUGAAGCAUAGCACUCCAGCAGCAGCGCACCAGGGACCGACCACUGAAGAAGAGUUCUUUGAAGAUGACCCUGAAUUGUGGGACAUUCCUCUGGAGACCACUGAUCUUAGUGAUACUGAGAGCCACAAAAGAGCAACUGUCUCAAUCCAGGCUCCUACAACACCUCUUGGACACUAUCACAUGACAACACGCAGCAAGACUCCGCAAACAAAAAACCCUAACAAACCACAUGAGAGAGCUACACAAUGGCAUGAGUCCCCUGGCCACAGGCCUAGCAGCCACUCUUCCAACCAAGGUGUACCAGAAUGCAGUCCAUUCAGGAGGACUCAAGGCAUGAAGAAAAGGAAACUGGAACCCUCUUAACAGGACAGCAUCUGAAGUAUACUAGUUUCCUCUGAAUCAUUUCAGUCUUACAUGGCUCUACUAGAUUUUCUCUUGUUUGUCUCAUGCAUUGUUGAUUACAGAAAUAGUCAAUUUUUUUACUUAACUUUAGCCCAUUUUAAUAUAUGUGGUGCCCGUCUUGUGGUUAAAGUGGUUCAGGUAUAUGAAGCCUUCCCAGUGCCAGGGCUUGUUAUAGAUCACCAAAGAUUUGUGAUUUUAAUUCCUUUGGCAUGACUUGAUUCCCUACUGAUAAGUGAAGGAUGCCCUUCUACUUUUGUAUCUCAUCACAGAAGUAGUUUCCUUUAAGGUGGAUAGCAUUCGUUAAGAUCAGCUCCUGGAAAGAAUUAUUUGAAUGGAGAUUUAUACACAAUUCUCCGCUGAAUGCAUUCUAAAGGACUACAGUUGACUGAAGAGUUUUUAGCAGCUUGUGUUUUUAUACUACAUUUUGGAAAAUGUGAAUAAAUCUUAUUUGUAACUAUGUGAGGGGUCACUUGUCUUAAGAUAGAACAGUCACUUGAACACAUUCCUAGUAUCAUAACAUUAUGGUUUAAUGCAACUCAAGUAAAUGUUCACUAUCUUCCUGAAGAAAGCAGCAGGUUUGUACCAUAACCUUACAAGUGAUGAACUGAAAAUCACUAACCAGACAUUGCCAACUCCCACUUUGUAAUUCUAAAAUCAACUGUGAUCAGAGAAUCAUUAUAUGUAAACAGUAAUCAUUUGAAGACAGACUAUCAAUAUGGGACAGAUGAGAUCACGGAUAAAGGUGGGCAGCAGGGACAGCAAAAAGUUUAGAAUAAGUGGUUUAAAACCUUUACAAGUUAGCUAGUACAAGCUGAACCUCUCGUCCUGCACCCUCAGGCCCUGACCAGUGCCCAGCCAGAGAAUUUGCUGAACUACAGAGGUCCACAUUGUCCAGCAGCAUUACCAAUACUUCCUCUACUUACUGGUCUCUUAAAAGACAUUUAGGAAACAGCACAGAAAAAGUUGGUAAACUAACUUUAUGGGACUGCAGGGAAACUUGGUCUCACCCAUGUGGUAAGUGGACAACUAUGCAACUAAAAUCAUGCUGGACCACAGAUGUUAGCAGAAGAGAGGAUCAACCUUCAUCCAAUUUAUUGCAAACUGAGAAAUCAAGAGUUACGAAUGAGUGUAACCUAAGAAAAUUCAACCAGGAGACAGAUUCUCAUUUCUGCGUGUAAAAUAAAUACAUGUGUCUUUACUGCCUAAGUUUACUCAGAUUUUGUGGAAAUGGUCAUCUAAUUUUUGUUCCUUAUUGUUCUAUAUUAUUUGGAGCGUGUUAAGUUUGUUAAACAGAUAGUAUUGUUAUUGAAAACUGCUUUUGAGAGGUUUGGGGUUUUUAAAGUGUGGGUUUCAGUAUUUCCUGGUGGCAAACUGCUCAUCUGCAAUUAAAUACUCCUGGGUCCAAGAGGAAGGGAAGUAGAACCAGCUGAAAAUGAAAACCCACAGUUCAACAAAAGCAGGUUUGGUUUAUUUAAAUGAUUUCAUUAAAUAUUCUACAAAGGUAACAAAUGGCAGCACAAAGCGCAAUCGUACAAGAAGCGCAAUGCCUGGAUUUAGUGCAAAACAUACAAUUAACUAUGGCCAGGGAAGCCCAAAGUUUGAAUUCAUUUUAUUGGUGUGGGUUUUUUGUUUUUUACAGUGUACAUUGUUAAAUAAUGUAAAGAAAAUAUUUGCAAUUCAGAAACAGAUUUUGUGGAAAAAAGGUACUCAAAGUGUAAUAUUAACAAAAUAAUUUAACAGUUCAGUAGCAUUAGUUUAUUCCUCUAGACUUCAGUUAUUUCAUCCACAGGAGGGAAAUCAAUGGUAAAUAAAACCACUUCUUGCAUAACGUUAAGUGAAAACCAACCUCAAACUUACUAAAUCAAAGUAAUUUAACAACCAUGUGCUGCACUCAGCCAAUCAGUUCUUCUACCACAAAGUGUUGCCCCACUCCUGUUACUGCUUAAACUAUAUAAUUACAUAGGGCACUGUUUUUCCUACCCAUACUUGGUGUAUUCAGGAACCUCCUCACCAGUCAAUUUUAACCAGAAAACUAAGGCUUUCUGAUUCAUUUUUACCAGCCCAGACAUUUUCUCCUCUUCCAACCACAUGUAUACAACAUGAAUCCUUUUCUCUCAUUCUGGUAUUCUACACAGCCUGUGUUACUUACCAAGAAUUUAAAAAAAAAAAAA